UCCACCUCUUCAUAUGGUCGUUCUUGCCUUGGCACGAAUGAUCUCGCCCAAUUUCUGAGUUCAGGACCCUCCAAUUUUGCAGACUUUAUGGCGGCAGCAGCAGCCGCAAUUGCGACCAUUUCAGUCGCCGCACCCUCGGCCUGCAGUACAGAUGAGCAGGCGGUUUCUGCUGGUGCUAACCAGCCGGGUGUUCUACUCGACUUCAGCUCCAAAUCGUCCAAACAUGAUGACGGAAACUGGGAAGCAACGCUCGAAGCAUCAGCCGAGGCGGGUAUAAAUGGGGAAAAAGGAAAGGCAAGGGAUGGCUCAAGUAAGACUAGUAAGAGGCCGAGCGGAGUGGAGGAAUUGAGCGAAGCUUACGAGGCAUGGAAACGGACGAGUGAAAAAGUAGGAGCAGACAGGAGGCAGGAAGAGAAGUAUAAAAUCGUAGAGGAGAGAAGAACUGACCCAAAAGCAACUUUAAAUGAGGGUAGAACGAGUGAGGGCAAUGGCUUAAAUGGUCAAGAUGAAGACUUGGAUUGUGAUUACUCGACGAAUAUGGAGGCUAAGCAAGACAACUUUGGAAUGUCCAGUCAAAAAGCUGUUUGGGCAAGGACAGCCAACAGAGAAGAGUUGACGAGGGAGACGAAAGCAUAUGAAUUGAUAUCCGGCUUCAGCACUUCUGAGCUGCUUGGCUUGAAGCCGGGCGUCGUGGAUCCAGAAGCUGUUCAAAAAAGUCUUGACCUCUGCAUCGAGGAGCCUGGGGAGCCGACUGGCCCAAUCGGAUUUGCUGCCAGCGCUGCUUCAAUGCUGCUCUCGUUGAUGUCCUCUUGGCCGGUUGUGCCGUCGUCAGCAGUUGACUCCGAGAAUGGGAAUAAGAGUGGUCCAGACGCUCACCGGCCUUCUCGACCACUCACAGGUACCUAA